AUGAAGGCUGUAGGAGUCAAAAACGGCAAAGGGGAUGCAGAUGCCCUCUUUAUCGAGGACGGGAUCCCGGACCCAGUUCCGGUGGGGAAUCGCGUGCUGGUCCGCAUCAAGGCCUUUGGAUUGAAUCGAAUGGACAUUAUGCAGAGGGAAGAUCGCUAUCCGUAUCCGUUGUUGCCGGAGUCGGGGAAGAUCAUGGGCGUGGAGUUUAGUGGGAUUGUCGAGGAGAAGGGGCCAGACUGCUCGGAUGAUUUCCAGAUGGGCGAUAAGGUGUUUGGACUUGCAUAUGGAGGAGCAUAUGCGCAGAAGAUUGCAGUCUCGGAGAAGAUGCUCGUGCAUCUGCCCUCAACUCUGUCUUUCGAAGAAGCAGCCGGUAUUCCCGAGACUUCUUUCACUGCCAUCCAGGCCAUUCACCUGGUGGGUAACCUCCAGCCCGGCCAGUCGGUGCUCAUCCACGCCGGCGCCUCUGGAGUCGGCCAAUCCGCCAUCCAGAUUGCCAAGGUCGGCGGUGCAUACCAGAUCUUCACCACCGCCGGAAGUGACCAAAAGUGCGACCUGUGUCGUUCCCUCGGGGCCGAUUUUGCAGUCAAUUAUCGCUCGGGAGAGGACUUUGCGGAGGUGAUCAAGAGGGAGACGAAUGGCAAAGGCGUGGACCUGAUCAUUGACCUAGUAGGAAGAGACUAUUUCCACCAGAACAUGGCCUCGGCAGCCAUGGACUCCCGGAUGGUGCUGGUGGCAGCACUUAGUGGCAGCAAGGUGGAUGACUUUGAUCUGCGCGCGUUGCUCAACAAGCGGAUUUGGCUCUUGGCAACGACGUUAAGAACCAGAUCUGCUGACUAUCAAGGCCAACUGCGAGAUUUGUUCGCUGAGAAGAUCCUUCCUCAUAUUAAGACUGGGGAGGUGAAGACAACGGUCGACAAGGUGUAUUCGUGGACCCAGGUGACCGAUGCCCAUAAGCGGUUGGAGUCAAAUGUCAACGCGGGGAAGAUUAUUUGUGUGGUUAAUGAGACUUAG